AUGACCACUAUAAAUUGGUGUAAAAGCAGGGAAGAGCGAGUUUGUGUUCUAAGCGGAGAAAAUAUGUACGUUACACCUGAGGAACGUUAUGUGAUGGGCCCGAAUUUAAUACCGGAAGAGCACAAAGAAGACUCAUGCAAUGAAAUCGCUUGUGCUUCGGGAGAUCUCUGCAACUUUUUGGAUGAAGAGGAUCCGUUUCGAUGUAGACUUGAAGUGAAGGAUUCUGCUGCGUUAGUGGAUUGCUCCGAGCCACCGCCUACCACAAAAGGUUUCGGACUACUUCCAUAUUUGAGAAGGAAACGGCUUCAUACGGAAUGUUACGUUCAACCUGAUGAUUUUACAGUGGAGAGCUUAUUAAGCACACCAUAUGGGCAUGGAGCUGUACCGAUUAGGCCAUUCUUGAAAACGAUAGCAUCUUCCUUAACGGAAAUUGGAAGUAAUAUUGCAGAUGGCAGUCCGCUAGAGAAUGGUAAAGAAAAGAUUGAGGGCGGCCGUGAAGUGAUUAGGGAAGAGUUCUCGGAGGAAAGCUUAGAAUCCGUUGCUAAUGAAGAUGGAUUGCAACCGAGUGGGAUGAAAUGUAGCGAUCAACCUUCCGUGUCACAAAAGAAUGAUCUCGACGGGGUUGUAUGUGAUGAAAAAUUCCGUGCUCAGAUUGCUGUUCAAUCAAAUCUUUUCCUGAUAAAAUGCAAGGAUAGGAAGUGGAGCAUUGAAAAAACAUCGAAAAUAGACGCUUUUACGGAUAUAUUGCAUGGCCGUAUGAAACGGUAUACCGAACGACUAAAUGAGAUCCAAGCGUUUUCGAUGCGAUUUCCUGGGAAUGUACAGCAGUUUCUGAGAGCAGUUUUCGAUAGACGUCCUUUCUUGGAGAUUGACAGAGGACAGCACAUUGUUGACAUGUGUCUCAAUACUUACGCUACCUAUCCUGUGAAGAAAAAAGAGACAAUCCCAAGGAAAGCAUUUGCCUCAUUUGUGGACAGCAUGCGUGAGAAACUCAAGUCGAAGCGAGAAGUCAUUCUACCUACUCCUAUACCAACUGAACCACUCAACACAAAGGAUGACAGUAUAGUGGCGGAGAAUGUCCCCCUCUCUCCUGAUCCUGUAAAGGACAGCACACCUGAAAAAAUUUUUCCAAAGGAAAUAAAAUCCUCCGUUUGUGCGAUCGAUUCUGUUGCCCGACCGAUUAUCGCACCUCCACCGUUGCCAUCAAGACGGCGGAUCCAGAAUAGGAAAGAGUUUUCCAUUCAGAAUGUUUCACGCGAUGUGUUGCUUGGAAUUAUGAAUACCAUGAACAAUUUUGAACCAUUGAGAACACCGACGGCGUUCAACCCUGAGUUCAUUGACGAAUUGGAUGACAUACCACCUUUGACUGGACCUGAUGAUGGAGAAACGUUGAGAGAUGGUCCGCCAAUCGCUAAAAGAAUGCGCCACGACGAUGAUCAGAUGACGGGUGCUGCACUAAGUGCGCCUCUCUCACCUACUCCUUCACCAAAAGUUGCCUCUCCGUUGUUCAUCAACACUAGGGAGGAUAAGGCUAAUGUCCUUGCUUCACCAUUUUCGACUCCUCAAUCGUGUAAUGAACAAAAGAAGCGUUUCGAUGAUCUCUCCAAACCUAGGAAACAAGUUUCCUUCAGGGAUAGAACAAUACUGGGUCCUCAUGUAUCACCACCAUACGGAUCUGUUCUAACCUGUUUGGAUUCCGUUCCUGCAUCGAAUUCUCUCGAUCGAGUUGAGGAUGGCAGAACUACCCCGAAUGUAGCAAAGAAAGUGAAAGUAGACUACGGAGAUGAUCCUUAUGUUUACAUGGCUGCGAAAACAGGCAGCGCGACAUCUUCAAAAGUAAACCCUCCCUCGCAAAUUAAAGUGCAGCUGUCGACUUCUGAGAGCCAACUCGAAGACCCAUACGCCGCUUUCUUUCCUGCAAAAAGAGAGAAUGAAUCAUCUGGUAAACGUGAAACCAAGAAUGUUUCCCCGUCGUCCGAUGUCUUUCGUACCACAUUCUCUUCCUUGCAUGACCGAGUCUCUUGCUGUCUUGCGACGUUUGAUAUCAAGAAGUCUCGAACUCGUGUUAAGUGGAAGUUGAUACCUUGUUCUCGCAACAGGAAAGAGACCAUCAAGUCGCUGUCCGCUGGUGCCAGCUCCCGCGAUCCCCGUUUAGCACGCCAUUUUAGCAGGGAGCAGAACAACGCAUCCGACUCCAUGGUGGAGGGAGAAAGUGAAGAAGAAGUAAUGGAAAGGACUAGAUCUGUACUUUCUAAGAGUUAUCGGAGGAACCCAACAAGGUGUAUAGUGGAUAAGUCGGUGUCGAGUAUUCGUGCGCGCAUAAGGUUCAGAACUUACUGCCGCCGCAUGUCUUAUCCGCAGACGAAUUUCAAUUUAAACGCUGAUGUGCAGUUCUUAUGGAAUAAGCAGCAGGAAAGACAACCGCAGGAGAUCGAUUUAAUGAGGUGGAAUUUGCUCCCUAAAUGGGGUUCAGCAAAUCCAAAUAGAUCAUUGUUUCCGUUUGGGAAAACGGAUGGGAUGUAUUGGCCGACUGUCCAACCUUUUGAUGCAAUCAAUCUCGCAGAUGAGCAACACGUCAUUUGUGCUGAUACAAGAAACCAGCUGGUGUGCCUGUCCGAAAUGACCUUCGCUUCAAAGCAGCUGCUGCUAUGUGGUCGCGAUGAUCGAUUUCACUACAAGAGAUACAUGCAAGCGAUUGAAGUGGAUGAAUCCAUGUGGGCACCUGGACGUUUCCGAAAUCGCAUUGGCUUUCAACGGGUAUUCUGCACGCAAACCAUCGAAGAUGCCCGUCGGAGAGAUGAGGAGAAACAAUCAGUAGAGGCGGCAUGGAUGAAGCGGCUUGUACAAACCGACGCGACCAACUUCAAUCAAGCAGAAGAUGAUGAUCGCAGCUUUCAGAAAGCUUAUGAGCCGAAUUCGGCUGUGAUGGCUGACCAUGUAGACUUCAACCUGUCGGAUGUGUACUCACGGCGGCAAGAGUUUGUUAGAAAGGAUGGUUAUGUCCUGCCGCACGUAUGCAAGGGGACUAGAGGAUGUCUCCAGGUUCCUAGAAACUGGUUUGAAGUACCUAUAUCCCAAUACAUGCCGACGUCACAGCGGAAAGAUUAUCUCGUCCAGUACACAAAUUUCCGUAAUAAACUCACUAAUGACUGCAAACCAAAUAUUAGGAGUUCGGUGUCUUAUGAUGAUCUAGUUCAAUACCAUCUAACCGCUAUCAAAGCGAUAUUUAUACAUCAGAGUGGUUUUGACCACAUUGGUGUCACUUCUCAGUUCAAUGAAGAUAUUCUACAAAAAGCGAAACGUCGAGAAGCAGAAAUUUCUGCUGAGUUAGAAUCAGACAAGAUCUCAAUCGACAAACUUGAAAAUUUAUGCGAACUACAAGAAUGGGAAGAGAGCUACUGGACUAUAAUAUGGGACAAUUUGGCCAAUAUCUACAGGGAUGCUCCACCCAUAUCUCAGCUCAAAAUGGACCAGUUUAUUAUCAGAGCAUUUGAAACAGCUGCAAAUAUUCCACAACGACGUGCCUAUUUUCACAGGUUCUGGGAUAUCGUUGAUCGAAUGGCGGUGAACUACUAA